UUGUUUGGUCGAUAAUCCCCCUGCCUGCUGAACCGGGAAGGUGUUGAAACACCUUUCGAGUAGCCCACCUCACGCGAACUACUUUUAGUUUCUCUGUGCUGCGAUGGCGAGCUUUUUGGAUCAGCUUCCAGCACGGAUCCAGGCUAUCGCUGAGGCGGUUAAUGUAACCAAGCCGGAGGACGUGUUAACUACUCCUAAGUGUAAGUUUUUGGACUCGAGACUGCAAAGUCUGGACACUGUGGCAAAACCGUGUUCUCCCGAAGAUGUGCGCAUACUGAAGGAUGCGGCGGCCAAGUGGCUUGCCGAAGUUCCCCAGACAGCGGACUCCUUGUUCAAGCCGCUGGCCAAUGUCCGCUGGUCCAGGGUGACUUUUGGUUGCUCCGCCUUGGAUCGCUGUACGGGCGGUGGUGUUAUGACGCGCGGGAUAACGGAGAUUUUCGGAGCCUUCGGCGUGGGAAAGACCCAAUUGCUGCUGCAUCUGGCCUUGGGCGUCCAGCUGCCACGGGAACUCGGGGGACUUGGCAGGGGCGUGGCGUUUAUUUGCACGGGGAGUCCUUUCCCGGCGAGGCGUCUGUUUCAGAUAAGCAAGAUCUGGGAGCGCCGAUAUCCCAACACAAAGCUCAACUUCCUGGCCAACGUGUUUGUGGAACACCAAAAGGACGCAAAAAGUCUUAUGAACUGCGUGAAUAACAGGUUGCCGCAGCUGUUCCAGCAGCAUGGGAUUGGGCUUAUCGUCAUCGAUUCCGUGGCCGCCGUCUUCCGCGAAAACAAGGACUACCUUCAGCGGGCCCGGGAACUUCGUUGCCUGACAAACGCCCUCCUGAGCUAUUCCGAAAAGCAUAACUGUGCCGUGGUUUGCGUGAACGAAGCAGCCUCGUCCACAACUGGCGAGGAGAAGGCCGCCCUGGGCAUGCAGUGGGCCCAUCUGGGACGCACCCGGCUGCGGGUUACAAAGGAGCCUAAGCAGCACAAGGUAGGCAAUGAGCUGUUUACUGUACGCAGGCUGGAGGUCAUGUACUCGCCGGAGACGCCGAACGACUUUGGCCAAUUUCUGAUCACCUCGGAGGGUGUAGUUGACGUGCCCCAGCCUACUCCGCCGCGCCCACCACCCAAAAUUAGAUGCAUCCGCCAAUAGGUUUCAUUAAAUCAGUUUAUUUUGUUGUCGAAUUCAAAAUGUGUAACCUCGGCGCCUGUUUAGGGUUUACUUUAAGCCGGAUUGAAGUAUAUUUUCUAUUUCUAUUUUAAAACAUAAAAUGCUGUUUAGAUGAUUCUUCGGAGAAAGCGAUUAGGAAUCGUAACAUCUUCUGACCGUUCCCUUCUCAAUUUUUGUACAAACCCCAAAUACGGUCUAGUUCAUUGGUAGUUACAAGGUAGCACAGCUUACAUAUCUACGUACAUAGUCAGAGUCCAAGUUGUAAAAUCAAUUUUGUGUAACCGCCUCGUAUACAUUAUCACAUGAAAUUCUCAAAAGUUUCGAUUACAAUGGUUCAUUUAUCGUUUAGCAUUUUCAAUUCGCAUAUAUUUCUUAUAUUUUCCAUUAAAUGCGGCAUUUACAGAAGCCUAGACUUAGCAUAAGUGUUUAAUGUUAAAUAAAUUAAAUAAAAGCCUAGAGGUG